AUGGAGAGACAGCCCCAAAGCAGAGGCCUUCUUGAAAAGCCCCUCCCAGCUGCAGCUGCCCCCACUCUGUCCUCCAUGGGGGCUGUCUUCAUCCUCCUGAAAUCCGCACUGGGAGCCGGCCUGCUCAACUUCACCUGGGCCUUCCACAAAGCUGGUGGCGUCGUCCCUGCCUUCCUGGUGGAGGUGGUCUCCCUGGUCUUCCUGGUCAGUGGCCUGGUCAUCCUGGGCUACGCUGCCUCCAUCAGCGGUCAGGCCACCUACCAGAGUGUGGUCAGGGGGCUGUGCGGCCCUGCCCUGGGGAAGCUGUGUGAGGCCUGCUUCCUCACCAACUUGUUCAUGAUCUCUGUGGCUUUCCUCAGGGUGAUUGGGGACCAGCUGGAGAAGUUGUGUGACUCUCUCCUGCCCGGCGCCCCGCCAGCCCCGCGGCCCUGGUUUGCCGACCAGCGUUUCACUCUGACCCUGCUCUGUGCUCUGCUCAUUCUACCCCUGUCGGCCCCACGGGAGAUCGCCUUCCAGAAACACACAAGCAUCCUGGGCACCCUGGCUGCCUGCUACCUGGCCCUAGUGGUGACCGUGCAGUACUACGUCCAGCCCCAGGGCCUCAUCCAUGAGCCCCACCUGUCAGUGAGUCCUUCCUCCUGGACCUCUGUCUUUAGUGUCUUCCCCACCAUCUGCUUCGGAUUCCAGUGUCAUGAAGCCGCUGUGUCCGUCUACUGCAGCAUGCGUGACCAGAGCCUCUCCCGCUGGGCCCUGGUGUCUGUGCUGUCCUUGCUAGCCUGCUGCCUCAUCUACUCGCUGACAGGGGUUUACGGCUUCCUGACUUUCGGGACAGAAGUUUCUGCUGACGUCUUGAUGUCCUACCCAGGCAAUGAUGUGGUCAUUGUUGUUGCCAGGGUCCUCUUUGCUGUGUCCGUCAUAACUGUCUACCCCAUCGUGCUCUUCCUGGGGAGGUCGGUAAUGCAGGACUUCUGGAAGAGGAGCUGCUGGGGGACAUGGGGGCCCAGGGCACUGGCUGACCCCUCGGGGCCAUGGGUCCGGAUGCCACUGACCAUCCUGUGGGUCGCCAUGACGCUCGCCACCGCGCUGUUUGUGCCUGACCUCAGUGAGAUCGUUGGUGUCACUGGCAGCCUCAGCUCCUUCUUCAUCUUCAUCUUCCCAGAUCAUCACUUCCUGCAUGUGCUUGCCUUGUUUGCACAGAGUCAGGCCCUCAAGCUGACCCUGACUUUUUGGCUCAGCAGGUGCUGCCUGGAGGUCUGGGGCGUGGUCUCCGUGCUGGUCGGCACCUUCAUCUUUGGGCAGAGCACAGUGGCCGCAGUCUUGGAGCUGUUCUGAUGGCACCCUUGCUGGGGCAGGGAGGGGACAGACAGGUGGACCCCAAGCACUACUGCGUCCAGCCAUGAGACCCAGGCUGUUUCUCUUCAUUGUAAAGACGCUGGAGGGACCGACACCUUCUGCCUUCUCACCUGCUUUUUUUGUACUUGGGGGUUCAAAGGGUUUCUGGUGCGGAUGGGUGGAGUUAGUUAGGGUCUGUGGUCACUGUGACAAAAGAUCACAAGCUGGGACUUAAAAUGACAGAACUGUAUUUUCUCACAGUUCCGGAGCCGAGAAGUCUGUAGCUAUUGGGGCAUCAAUGGGGCUGUGCUGUUUCCUCUGAUGGCUCCAGGGAGUGGAGGGCCCCUCCUGUCUCUCCCAGUUCCUGGUGGCUGCCAGACGCCCCUUGGCUUGUGGCUGCCUCCAAUCUCUGCUUCUGUCUCCACAUGACCGUCUCCCUGUGUGUCUCUGUGCCCACACUUCCCUCCUCUUAU